GUUCGAGCGCGACGGAUCAGUUUGGAGUUGCAGAUAAAUUCGGCUCUCAAGCCAACGGGCCGGAGAGAGCAGCGUGUACCCCUCACGAGUCACGAGCGAUCGAUCGACUCAUCAGAUUCCACCAGCGGAGAGAGCUUCGCGUUGUAUUCCGUCGUCUGUUCAUAGAGCCCACGUCCCACGCGACCUGCCCGACGUAAUGUCUCUGGAGCGGCGCGACACCAAGAAGGCGUUCAUGGCGAGCGGCCGGGCCGAACGCAUAGGCGCCCUCCCCGACGACCUCCUCCACCACGUGCUCUCCUUCCUCCCCGCGCACGAAGUGGUGCGGACGUGCCUGCUCGCGCGGCGCUGGCGGCACCUCUGGAAAUCCGCCGCCGCCUUGCGCAUCACCGGCGUUAAGGGGUGCAAAAACGCUGCGUGGUUCGUCAACUUCGUCGACAACCUGCUCUUCCUCCGCAACCCCCGCGUCUGCCUCGAGUCGUUCGAGCUCGACCUCGACGAGUGCGACUUAGAUUUCGAGGCGUUCCUCCCCGCCAAUGAGGUGCAUGUGAAUACUUGGUUCCGGCACGCCGUGAUGUGUGGACCCCGGAAGCUGCUGGCGCUGCGCACCACCACUGGCAUCUACUCGGACCCGGAAGAGCACGAGACUCUAGGGUUUCCCAAUGUCCCACUCAUAUCCCCCUACCUCACGAGAUUGGAACUAACGAUGGUGUAUGUGCACAGCAGCACACUCGAUUUCUCGGGGUGUCCGUCCUUGGUUCAUCUCACCAUGGAUGAUUGCGACAUUGUAGGGAAUAUCUCUUCUCGAUUCUUGAAACAUCUCAGAAUUUUCUCUAGUUUUUUCCAGACAGAUCCCGUUCGCGCCCAUAUCUGUGUGCCGGGCCUUGUUUCGCUCGAAGUAAUGGGUGAACUACGUAGGGCUCCGGUACUGGAAAGCAUGCCAAUGUUAGUUUCAGCGGUUGUUAGACUUGAAUUGGAUUGUCAUGAUUCUUGUAGUAAAUUUGACUACGGGUAUUGUGAUGAUCGUCAAUGUUAUGGCUGUUAUGGUUCUGGUGCUCAUGAUUGGCGUGGCGAGUCUGUGCUUUUGAAAGGAUUAUCAGAAGUUGCAGAGUUGGAGUUUUCAGUUGAUUCUCAAGUGUUCAUUGUCAACAGGGAUUUAAAAUUAUGCCCGACAUUUAGCAAGCUAAAGACUUUGUUGCUCAGCGAAUGGUGUCCAGACAUUGCUAGUGACCUCAAUAUAUUAAGUUGCUUUCUCAAACAUUCACCAAUUCUCGAGAAGCUCACUCUCCAGCUUUCCAAGGUACCUAAAAAGCCAGCGGAAAUACAAAGAAGUUACACUCCACCCGAGCAACCGUUUGCACUUAGCCAUCUGAAGAGUGUUGAUAUCAAAUUUGACGAAGUUGAUGGAAAGGUUUUGAACAUCUUGCGUACCCAUGGUGUACCACUCGAGAAAGUUAAUAUCCAGAGAACUAAACUACUGGAUCUUAAUGUGAGUUAAGCUAUUCAUUGCUAUGCUUCUUUCGUUUUUGUAUUUCACUGAUGUGGAAAACGUGUGUAUUUCCUAAUCCCUGUAAGUUGUGAAGUGGAGCAAGAUAGUUAAACUACAUCUAUCAUACUAUUGUACCAGUUAAUGUACUAUGUAGCUGUUGGUUAUGAGGCUGAUCCCUGCACUUAGUUCAGCGCUCCAAUUUCUUAAGUUUUGUUAAGUCCGGCAAUAUGCAAUAGCGAAGAAGCGAUUAACAAAUCAGUUCCAGAAAAUGGGGAUGUUCUUAAUCCUUAAUUAGCUUUCUUUCUUCAGGAUUUUGAGUUCUUUGCUGUAUUAUAAUGUUGUCCAGAAGUUAACUAGAAGGAAAGGAUUGUAGGAUACUAAGUAAAUAGUCUUUCAUUUUCUAUUUUGGAAAAGAACA